UGGCUUCACUUUUCACCGGGGUUUUCGCAUUGCUUCACCUAAUAACAAUGGUGCAGAGUAUAUAAAAGGCACAGUAAAUGAAGCAGUCGUACUUCCUCCAAAAGACAAAGUUGCAGGAUCAUAUCAUUGGGAUUUUGAACGACUUUUGUCUAUCACUUUGAUUCCCCUUACUAUCGCAUCAGUUGCAAAAGGAGCUCAUCCUAUUACUGAUCUUUGUUUCGGUGUCAUUCUCCCAUUUCAUUGCCAUAUUGGAUUUGAUGCAAUGAUUACUGAUUAUUGUCCGCCUCAUCGCAGCCCGGGUUCAAAUAAGGUUUUAACUUGGGGUUUAAGAGGUGCUACACUUAUUGUACUCUAUGGCUGUUAUGAAUUUAACACAAAUGAUGUAGGAAUGACUGAACUUAAAAAGUUAACCCACACAAUCCAACUUCAUCCUUCUUACUUUACUCAAAAUUAUCAAACAUUUCUUGCUGAGAAAUUAUACGCAGAUGUUGAAGGUACUUGCACUGGAAGAUACGGUUAUAUCAUUGCUGUACUGGAUAGCAUGGAAUCAUUGGAUAUUUCAAAAGGAAAAGUUAUACCGUCUAUCGGUUUGGCAGAAUUUGAAGUAAAGUAUAGAGCUGUUGUAUUCAAACCUUUUAAAGGAGAAGUCGUAGACGGAGUAGUAAGUCAAGUCAAUAAGUUAAUCCCUUCAGAUUUAAAAUUUGAUGCCUCAAAAAACCCUCCAGCAUAUCAUGCAGAGGAUGGCUCAUCAAUUGAAAAAGGGUAUCAUGUAAGGAUAAAGAUUGUUGGGACAAGGUUUGACGCUACUGAUAUCUUUGCAAUUGGAACUAUCAAGGAUGAUUUUUGUGGGGUCCAAUUACCUUGA